UACGUCAGAUGUAACUUGAGAAUUUUUUUCUUAACUUUGAAAGGCAGAGGAUUGGAAAGGGGGAGUUUUCUAUGGCAGGAAGUGGCAGCAUUUACUGAGUGGGAGAAAGUGGUUUUACUGCAAAACAGACAGUUUCAGUUGAGCUGUCCAUCUGCAGCACGUGGUCCAGAGGUGGCCCUGCCCUUCCCCGCACUGAGCUGUGAGAAACCGAUCGGGCAGGUGAAAGGUCGCUGGCAUGGCGACCCGGAUUCCGGACGAGGUUCCUGACGGUGGUUGGGGUUGGGUGAUUGUUCUGUCAGCAUUCCUCAUGUCGGCUCUGGUGUUUGGUGUCAUCCGUUCCUUUGGCGUGUUCUUUGUGGCGUUUGUGGAGUACUUCUCCGAGGCUUCGAGCACCGUGUCGUGGAUCACAUCAACCGCCAUCGCCAUUCAGCAGUUUUCCAGUCCCAUAGCCAGUGCUCUUAGCAAUUACUUCGGAGCCCGUUCUGUGGUGAUGCUGGGUGGUUUCCUUUCCAGCUUGGGGCUGGUAUUUGCUUGUUUAGCUACAAACCUGGUUCACCUUUACCUGUCGAUCGGACUUCUCUCAGGCUUUGGCUGGGCGCUCGUCUUCACCCCAUCCGUUGCUGCUGUUAGUCGAUACUUUAACAAGAGGCGGACUCUGGCAAUGGGGAUGGCUUUCACUGGAGUUGGCAUCGGCUCCUUUGUCUUCUCCCCACUCUUCCAGUAUCUAAUUGAUGAGUACAUGUGGCGGGGGGCACUGCUGGUCAUCGCGGGCAUGAUGCUCAACCUCAUGGUGUGUGGUGCGUUGAUCAGACCCCUGACCCUGAAGGAAGACCUGGUUCGCGCCACGGCUCCGGGAGAGGGCUCAUUAUGUUGUCAAGGUGCCAGGAAUGUGAUCUUCGACCUGCUGGACCUGAGCCUGCUCCGACACUGGCCCUUCCUGACCUUGGUGCUGUCUGUCACCUUGAUCAAUGCUGGCUAUUUUGUGCCUUAUGUCCACUUUGUGGCCCACGCCCAGUCCAUUGGCUUCGAUGAGUACCAGGCCGCAUUCCUGAUGUCAGUGGCGGGAGUGAUGGACCUGAUUGGUCGGCUGCUGUCCGGCUGGUUCUCUGACCUACGCAAGAUGCGCCUGGUUCACAUCCUGAUCCUGUGGACCAUGCUGACAGGACUGAGCUUGCUCGCCAUCCCCUUGGGUCACACCUACCCUGUGCUGAUGUUGAUUGGCAUGGCCUACGGGUUCUGCGCUGGGGCCUUGACACCUGUGGUGUUCUCCUUACUGCCUGAGAUAGUCGGGAUUGGGAGGAUUUACGGAGCGUUGGGCCUGCUGCAGAUGUUGGAGAGUGUAGGGGGACUGCUGGGAGCACCGAUAUCAGGCUGGCUGCGCGAUGCAACUGGUAACUACACGGCUUCCUUUGUGGUGGCAGGUACUUUCCUCCUGCUCAGCAGCCUGGUUCUGAUUGGUAUUCCCGGUGCCUUGUCCUGUUCCUGUCUCCCGCCUGCCAGGCAUCCCCAGACAAAGAACGCGAAGGAGGAGGAGGAGGAGGAGGAAGAGGAGGAAUGCAAGUCUAUGGCUGACUCAAAUGGAUCUGGGCUGGAGGUGCAGUGUGUCCCGAUUGAGCCCAGCAGUAUUGCUUGCAGAAACACAGUGGUGGCCUGAAUUAAGAAACACAUUAAUGCUGGGAGUGGAUGUUGAUGUUUAAAUUGAGCUGUCUCCAACUCCAAGUGAGAUCGGAGUGAGAAUUGACGCCAUUCUAUCAGCCAUUGCAGGCUGGAAGUUGGAUGGAAUCCAUGGCAAACAGAGUCUAUUUAAACAGAGCUUCUACGAGUACAGGAAAUGGGCUAAAAUCCCCGAGGAAAAAAAAACCCUCAGCAAAAAGCAGUACGUUGUUGAUGGUGACAUGAUACAAAUUUGCUGCAUAAAAUCAUUAACUUUACAAUAGUAUUGAUUAAGGGAGGUACUAGUAAAUCAUCUCCAUUAGACUGGGACUCAUUGUGCCACAGUAACCUAUUAAUGCUCACUACCCCUUUAACACUUGCCCAUUUUCUCCCAUCCCACCCCCAAUUAGUGAUAGCUGUUUGUACAGGCACUGGCUCAGCCUGACUGGCAAAGUUCGCAGUUCAGAACCAAGUCUAGUUGUGCAUUUGUUGAUCUUGGCAGAGAAUGGGCCGGGCUAUAGUCCUCAUCAGUGCCUCUGAGUUGAAAGAAUCAACUUCCUGCCUGCUGGAAAGACUGUGUCCAUAUGGUUGAUGGUAAGAGCUGGUGUGAAGGUUGCUGCUGUUGAAUAGUUCAUUGGUGCUUGUUGUUAGCAGGCUCCUGCAGAUAUAAUGCCUGAGGUAGGUGGCAUUGUGAGGAAGGAGCAGAAAGUGGGAAGGCAGAGACGCCUUUAUUAGCAGUGUGGAGAGCUGCCAGACUGCAGAGCACUCAACUUGGGGCUUUUAGAAAGAGCAGUUACACCACGUCAACCCACCACCACCGUCACUUGGCUCUUGAGACGGCGCCUCCUGUCUUGGGCCCCAAAUUAUCAUAUCGAAGACAUGAUACGUUCUAACUCCCAACUGAUAUAAUCAUUGAGAUACUAUAUUAACUAACUCAGGGCAACUGGAAUUCAGUCAGACUUCAACUUCUUAGCUUUCUUCAACUUAACACACAGACUUGGUGAUUGUGUUAUCCUGUGAAAUGGCAUUUGGAGAGCAUGGAACUACUGAAGGUGGGAAUCUCCUUAUCGGGGACACUGUCAAAAUUGUACUACUGGCCCUGUUCUCUUUCCCUCUGGACCUGCACUGGUUUUAUGCCUUCGAACCUGGCAGUUGGGUUUGACUAUAACUUGGAUAGGGUUGUCAGUGGGUGAUGUGACUAAUUUGAAGGGGAAGGUAGGGGUCUCCUGUUGGCUUUCUCAGUGAGAUUUCUCAGGAAUCCCCUGCUUCUGAGCGCUACCAAAAAAAACCCUGCCUGUUCAUUGCUGCAUCUCGAAUAGAAACUGAGAAUGUUCAAACAAUAAAAGCAUUUUAAAAAAUA